UUUAUAAACAUAUGGUAGAACGUCGUUGUUGUGGUUCUUGUUGUUAAAAUUAAUUAAAAAAAGGCGUUAUCAUGAAUGGAUUAUCAUUGAGGAUAACUGGUGGUGGAUCCAAAAUAAAAAAUCCCCUUGGAUUUGAGCCUGUUUCAGUCCCACAAGAUAUUAUUAAAAAUAUUGACAAAAAUGAACUCCACGAAAACUUCUUCAAUUCAACAAGUGUUGACAAUCAACUUAGUAUUUUGAAAACUAUAGUUGAUAAUAAUGUAGAUGCUUAUGAUGUGCAGACGAUAAAAUUCUUUGUGAUCGUAUUUUUGCAUGCUGAGGCAAAACAUCCGGUAAAGAGCUUCCUUUCGAGAUGUGUAACGAAAAACAAAAGUAUCGAAGAACCAUUUGCCAAAGUUCUAUCAAUAGAAAUAGAAUCUAUGGUCAAAGAAGUCCCGACAGACUACAAAAACUAUAUUGAUACAGUGUCCAAAACAGCCACAUGUGUGGAAAAUUUUCCAGCUGGAGCAAUAGCGAUUAAAAAUGUGGAGUUAUUCUUGGCAGUCUAUUUAAAUAAUUGUCUGGGCUGUGGCGUGGAGACACUUAGAAAUAACAGCCUAUCGCCAACAGAGAAGAAUGAAUUAUUUAACCUAGUACAUUUAACACUACGUCUCUUACUCUACAUAGUACAAAAGGUUAACAACAACAAAGAGGCAAUGCUUCCAUUGUUCCAAAGUAUAAGAAACUCGGUGAAAGAGAUAUUGUUUGACGAUGAGGCUCCAAUGGACACAAAAUCAGUGUGCGGAAUGCUACUCGUUGGUAUGCAUGUUUUGGAGAAUGGUGAAGAUUCUUGGGUUGAUCUUCUAUCUGAAUCAGUGACAAAUCUACUAGACAUGCUAUCAAAUGACGCAGCUAAACUAAGUUUAUAUUCUGCCAUCGCUACAGUGGUGUCUGUUAACCAAUUGCACACAACAAAAGUGGCCAACGAUAUAGCUGUUAUUGUACUUUUGGAUAAUAUAAUGGCUAUCGGAGAGAGAAUGUCAGCAGAGUCCGCAUUUACACUCGGCGUCACACGGAGUCUAGUACAAAUUAGCAAAAGUCUAGAAACAGCAAACGAUCUAGGUCUAAAACUUAUAGACAGGCUGUUAAUAUUUGUCUGGUCACAUCUAGAGCAUUAUAUGGACAGUGUCAGGCAUCUUACAGCACAGAUGUUGAAUAAUAUCGUCAAAUAUUCAGCUGUAUUGAAGAAACAAGGCGACGACACAGCAGUGAACAACAUAUUCAAAGCGCUCAACACACUGGACAGGCACAGAAAGAGUUUCUACCUCACACUCACCUCACUCACCAAUGAGUUGGGUGCGAGUUAUGUUAUGGAAGUGUUCCCCGAUAUAGUGAACGAUGUCAUGUGCGUGUUGAACGUGCAAGCGGUGCAGGCUAGUGCGCGCACAUGCCUCGAGGCGUUAGUCCGUUCGCACACACGCGAGUGCCCCGGCGGGUCGGCGCACGUGUGGCUGCGGCCCGCGCUGCGCCACGUGGCCGCGCGGGACAUAGACUCGAACGUGAUGCGCGCGCUUGAGGGCCUGCUCGCGCUGGCUGUGAGCGACGAGGAGGUUGUGGGAUUCGUUUUACCAUACAUAAAGAAAUCUGCCCAAAACGCGAGCGAUCUAAAAUGCAUCCUAUUACUAUUGAGCGUGGUGCGAAAAUCGCGUGGACUCAAUCUUCCCGAUACUGACGACAUCUGGAAAGGCGUACUGAGUUACAAUAUUCUGGAUAAUGCAGCUGUUGAUGCUAGGGAUGAGACUCGAAUCCUCUCACUAUCAUUGAUAGUAGAAUCUCCAAAAACAACAGAAAUAUUCACGGAAAAAGAGCUAGAUUUUGUCCUACAUUUCUUGAAGUAUAACUGCAAUGCGCAGGCGCCGCAUUUUAGACAGCUCAUGUUGUCUCUGCUCAAAAAGUUCAUAAAACGCCUAGACGACAGUUACAAGGUCCUCAAGCGUACUUCCAAAAUCGACUACUACCCUCAAUUCGUGGAAAAACUUCGCGCCCAAUGUUUCUCGAACCUUCUUCGCGGCGCGAACUACAGUCGCCGGUUAGUCGCGCUCCAGACGUUGAGCUGGUUGGACGCGCUGGAUUUGGAUGGGUAUCAAAGAAUAUGGAAGGAUCUCUACGUAGAAAGACUGUUAGCUCAUUUGGAAGAUAGUUAUGAAAAUAACAAGAUUUUGGCCUUGGAUAUACUCGAUAAAUGUCCUAAGGAUAUGUUGCAGAAAGAAUAUCCGACGAGUCUAAAAUUAGAUGACAUAAUACAUGAAGCUUCGUCCGUCAAACCCACUGACUGUACGAACGCGGCUUACAAAUUGUUACUGUGGAAGAACGUCCAGAGCAAUGGAGCGGAUAGCCAAAAGGACAAACCGGAAAAGAUAUCGUACAUUCUAAUAAAAAAAUUAGUUUCUCAAUUGGAAGUUGAGUUAGAGAUUUGUACGAAAAGUGUGAUUCGAGCGGCUCGAGAUGCGCCGAUGUAUGGACUGGUGCAUUGUAUACGAUACCUUGUUGAUAGGAUCGAUGCUGGAGCGAUAUCCCCUGACAAUGAUUGGACGCAACUAAUACGGCAAAUAAUAAGUGUAUGUCUGUCCGUCAAUAGCGCCGUUUCGUGUGUGGUGAACAAUUCGUCGCCGGAGGGACACUUGCCUAUGGACAUGGGCAAUGUGGUCACUGACCACAAUAUGGCAAACGCGUGUUUACAAGAUGGCCGCCCAGUGACAGCACAAAUGGUGUUGCUAUGUGCCUGGAGAUCCGUCAAGGAGGUAUCCCUCCUCCUCGGCGCAAUAACAUCCCACCUCUCGAUAGAGAAGGAGUGUGAAGUUGGCACGCUCAGUGUGAAGUUGGUGCGAGAUAUCGGAGCUCACUUCACGACAUUACUCGCUGAAACUAAACAUAGAGGCGCGUUUGAGCAAGCCUAUGUGGGAUUCACUAAGUUUUUAACACGUCUAUGGGGCUGCCGCAGUCCCGACCUGCACGAGCUGCCCAAGCGUUGGCUGGAAGAACUGCUCCAGGCGAUACAAGCCGGUCAUAACGAGAAGCUCUGCGCCACAAGGCGGAGCGCCGGCCUGCCCUACAUGAUACAGGCGUUAGUUAUAACCGAAUUGAAAGUGACUGGUAGUCCCAAAGGAUUGACUCGGUGUAUGCGACAACUGCUUCAACUGGCCACAAGUGGGGAGAAUAGUGGGAGUGGGGGGAAAAGUGGGAUUACAGACCAGUGUACAAGUGGGAUUGGGAGGGAAAAUGUGACAAGUGAAAUGGAAAGUGGGAUUCAAGAUAAUGAAAGUGUAAGGAGUGAAAUUGGUAGUGGGAUUGAAAGUGGGAUUCAAGAUAAUGAAACUCGUGCGCACUGUGCGAAUAUAUUGCGUGCUUUGUACCGAGAUGCGACGUUGGAUGAUGUGGUGGCUCCGUUCAUAGCGGAUGGACUGAUGCUUGCUAUUAAUGGCUUCGAUGGAGAUACUUGGAUGGAACGCAACUCAUCGACCCUGCUGUUCAGUGCGUUAUGCGUACGCAUUUUUACCGUAUCCCGUUCCCGCUCGCAGGAGAGCGCACGUGAUCGUAUGACGGGACGGAUAUUCUUCUUGCGAUACCCGAAAAUGGCCGAUUUUAUGCUGAAUAAGCUAAGUGAAGCGCACCAGAGCGGUGUGUUAGUCCGUCAGUCUGUAUACCCGGUGCUGCUGUUGCUGGCCAGACUCUAUCCUUCCGCUUUGGAAGGAACUGUAUCCAAUAUAAAGCUAACAACCUUCAUCCCGUCAGUGUUGCGAUGCGCCGGCAGUGCCGUGCUCAAAACUCGACAAUUGGCGGCCAGAGCCAUCGUACCGCUUGUCUCACCUAACAUGUACAUAUCUCACAUCGAGUCGAUGUUGAAAAUAUUGGGUGAUCGAAACAUCAAAAGGAAUUAUUGCCAUGGUGUUAUUUUACAGCUAAUAAAACUAUUAGAAGCGAAACCGGACAUACAUACAGACGAACAUACACAAAGAAAUCUGUCUCGUCUCGUAUUGGGUAGCUCCUGGGUGGUCAGUCAGACAUUAUCCAAACUGCCCUGUUAUUUGAUCACUGAUGACUAUGUUAAAAUGGUCGACUUGUUUAUAUGCAGAUUCCCCUCGCCGUUAAAUACCGAAUUCAUCAAAGAAAUGAAACCGCUCUUACGCGAUAUAUUAUUUAAACGACCAACGUCACAAAUAACCUCAGGCAGAGAAAUGUGUCUCUCGAGCAUCGUCAAAAUAUACCUCAAAAUUCUCAAUAUACAUAACGAUGUUCCCGAAACGUGUCUGUUUGUACAAAAAUGCCUAAAACACGACACCUACGAAGUGGUUCUCGUAAUAAUGAACUAUUUAUUAAGUAUACACGAAGAAACCGAAGAAUAUGAAAAAUUGUCAAUCCUGGAAAACUGCUUAGAACAACUUCGGAAAAAUUAUAAUUAUGUGGAAUUGUUGUGUGAUAUAUUGAAAAAUGCUAAAUACCUAGAGUGCUCCCAGACUGCCUUGAAAUUACUGAAUUUAGAAGAUUCAGAAGCGAAUAUUGUGGCGAAAAAUGAUUAUUUAGGGCAAGAUCAAAGUGAGGCAGUGACCCAUAUAUGCUUGAAGAGCUUGACUAAUUUUGUGAGCAAAAAACUAAGAAAUAAUCGUGUGGAUAAAACGAUUUUGGAGGAAAUAAGGACGAUCUAUGGAUGCUCUUUUUCUGAUAAAAGCGAAGAGACGAGAGGCGUUGUUGUGGAAUUUCUGGAGAAGAGUUUCGAUCGUUUGUUGACUUUGAAUGUCGAUUUGAGGGGAAAAGAGUUAUUCGAAUUCAGAGCAACGGUGUGGGCCACGCUAGUUAUACUCCUAGAGGACGACGAACAAACAUACAGACAGAGGAUCUCCAACGUCAUCACCAACUCGACUCUACUCGACACAUUUGACAAGGACCAAUUGGGCACAGCUUAUAAAUUCGACAUGUCAUUCGACACAGAUAAAAAAUGCACAGAUAAUGAAAUGUCAAUUGUGACAGGUCACGGGUGCACGUCAAAUUGUACAGACUAUAAAUUUGACACGUCAUUCGAUACAGAUAAUAAAUGUGAAGUAUAUGAGGGUAUGGUGGAGGUGAUACCGAGCAGGGCUGUGGAGUAUUUGAUGAAACUGAUUGAGAAGACAAGCGAUGGUAUGGAGUUGUUGUGUUUACUGGCGCUGCUGGACUUCAAGUCGGAAGUAUCUCUGUACGAUGAAAUAGAUGAUGAGUGGCGUGUGUUCGACACCAACGAGCGAUACAACAUAUUCUCCGAAGAGACUUUCCUCACGGCGACCUGCGCACGAGCACUCAAGCAAAAUCACGAUAAAUCUAUUUGCGAAUAUAUAAAUAAAACUAUAAAAGAUCCACUGUAUAUGGAAACCUUCGAAAAACUGUGCAAUCAGAACCUUGUCGCGUAUAAAAGUUUAAUUUCCAAAAAUAAUACUAAUGGUGUGAUUAAUCCAAAGAUAACGAUGUUGUUUGAAGAUUUAUUCACUUUACAUUGAGGUUUUAUAUUGUACUAGCUGUGCCGCGCGGUUUCACUCGCGUUUCUCGACUCCUGUUGGUCUUAGCGUGAUGAUAUAGCCUUAGCCUUAUAAAUAGGCAUCUAACACCGAAAUAACUUUUCAAAUCGGACCAGUAGUUCCUGAGAUUAGCGCGUUCAAACAAACAAACUCUUCAGCUAUAUAAUAUUAGUAUAGAUUCAUAUUGCACUGUACUGUGUACUUCUAUUCAUAACCACUAAAACAUCUCCCCGAGAACUCUAACUUAAAAAUUAAAUCUAAUUGAUAAUUCAUACAAUAAUUAUAUCCAGUGAUAUGGAAUGCAAUUAAAUUUUACUGUUUGAACUUUCUAUAAAUAUAUAAAAUGUAUUUUAACUGAAUUUUUCAAGAAAGUCGAUUGUACAAAUAUAUUGCAUUUUUUUCUAAUUGGAGGUUGUAUUGAGAACGUGGUUUCCUCACAUAAUAUAGUGAGAGACAUAAUAUAAUAACGAUUUUACUAGAACAAAUAUUAACAUUUAGAACUAAAUUUUCCCCUUAUUUGGAGUAGAACAGUAGGUACUCUAUUUGGGGCUAUUAGUCGUUUUGUUAUUUUCAUCAUUUUAAUUUCACCAGAAACUACCGAAACAUGCUAAACUUAUUUUUUCGAAUUAAAACGCGUUCUUAUUAUAGAUAUCUAUUUAUUGUUACUUUCUCUUUAUCGAGUAGAAAUAAAAACUUAUAAAUAUUUUAUAAUUUUUAGAUAUUAAGAUAAUGUAAAGACUACUAAGAAAAUAAUACUCAUAAUAAUUGUUUAACACGGCAAUAAAAUGCAAUAAAGAAAUAAUAGUUAUCUUAAUUUUAGGCUCGGUUGCACCGUGUUACUUUAGCAAUUAGAAACAUGUUAAAGUAACGGUUAGGGAAAAUAUGAGUUGCCCCAUUUGACACUUUUAUAGCAGACGAUAUAAUAUUAACACUA